AUGGAACUCGCCCAUGUCAGACUGAGGAAACCUCAGACAAACAUGUCCCAAGCUGAAUUAUCAGCAAUACGCAAACUCAAAAACAACCCAUCUGUUGUUAUCAAGCCUUACGACAAAGGCCGAGGCAUUUGCAUCAUGAACCGUGAGGACUACCUAAACGUUGGUUUCAAACACCUCAGCGCCCACCACUAUGAAAAAGUGGACAGGGAUUUGACUCACGAAACCGCACUCAAGGUACACAGCGCCCUCACCGACAUGAUAAGAAACAAACACAUCGACAAACAUACCUUUGCCUAUCUUGACCCACUUGAACAACCCACGAACUGCCCUACCAGUCCCCAACCCACUUAUGUCCGUGACACCACAGACAUUUUGCGGAAACUAGAAAAGGAAACCUUCCCACAAAACUCACUCCUUGCAAGCAUCGAUGUAGUUUCCAUGUAUACCAACAUUCACCAGGCAGAAGCCAUUGAAUCGGUAUGCAAAGCCUACGAAAAAAACAACCACAACUAUGCCAUAACCAAACCCCCUUCAAAACACAUCCGCACUCUCCUGGAACUCGUUCUGGGCCGCAACUAUUUCCAGUUCGGAGGAAAAUUCUUCCCACAAAAAAUAGGAUGUGCAAUGGGAUCUGUGGCUAGUCCAGAAAUUUGCGACAUUACGUUACAUGAUUUUGAGUUACAAAUCUCAGCCCUCACAGACAGAAUCCUGUUCUGGGCAAGAUUUAGAGAUGAUAUACUUAUCGUCUACAACGGCCAACUCGAAUCCUUCACCCAAUUUGUUCACCAGUUGAAUCAAUUGCAUCCCACCCUCAAAUUCACAUUUGAGGCAUCUGAAACUUCCAUCACAUACCUGGACCUUACCAUUUUUAAAGGCCCGCGUUUCCUCUCCACGGGUACCCUAGACACACGAGUGUUCACGAAACCUACGGAAACAUAUCAGUACUUGGAAAGAACAUCAUCCCAUCCAAACCAUGUGUUCAAAGGUUUUAUCAAAGGAGAAAUCCUACGAUAUGCCAGAAACACAAACAAUGAGGACGACUUCUUACAAAAAGUACAAAGUUUCGAAGAAAAACUACUGAAAAGAGGCUACAAUCAAGCCGAUAUUCACAAGUGCAAGCAAUCCAUCGAUUUCUCACAAAGGAAAUCUAUGAUUCACACAGAACAAGUGAAAACCCAAAAAGAACUCCCCCUCGUCUUCACCACGACUUACAACCCCCAUGUAAAACACAUGGACAUCAAGCGUGCUCUCUCCAGACACUGGCAUCUUAUCUCAGGCAACCCAACUUUGAAGGAAGUUUUCCCGAAACCUCCUCUAGUUGCCUAUAAGAUAGCUGAGAACAUCAAGAAGAGACUUGUCAGAGCCAAACUCAGCCAUACGGAAGAUAACCAAUCCUCCACAACUGAGAACGAAGAUAACACACUUGAUAUCCUAAUUUCACUAUUGGAUGAACAAAUUCCAUCCGAAUGA